AUGUUUAAACGGAAAAGUAAACGUAACGAAAGCAAAAUACCAGGAAGCAACAUAGUGCUCUUCAAAAAAGCUGUUCAGAGACUACCAUUUGACCUAAAUGAAAGCCAAAUUCAAGCUUUAAUCAAAGUCAUUGAAUAUAUCAACUUGGAGACGACAGAGCAUGUGGUUGUUAAACGUAAUAUGUCGCCAGGAUUGUACGUGGUCGUUUCAGGAAAAGUAGAAGCUGUCAAUAGUAAUGGUGGCAUUGCCUUACGACUUAUUAAGAAGGGUGACUUUUUUGGCGAAGUUUCAACAUUUUUUGGUUCAAAUUGUCCUGUCACAAUCAGAGGUCAAGAGGGGUGAGUAUUUUGGAUAAAUAUUUCUUAUAAAUCCAAUACACAAUAUUGUUGCCCCCUCCCCUGGCCCUCAACCCAAAUCUAACUCAACCCAGCCCCUUCUCACGGAAUAGAGACAUACAGAAGUUCGACUUGGGCAAAAAAGCAUAUAAUAGCUGUCACCAUUAUUUGCAAUGAUUCUUAACUAAAAUAUGCUGUCGCCAUGGUUCUGCCAGUGCAGUUAUGAGAAGCAUUCACCCCCCUGAAUGUCUGCCUUUUUUUAAUAAUUUCAGGAGGGUGAAUGCCUCUCACAAGCACACUGGCAAGGACCAUGGCAACAGCAUUGCAAUGGUUAUACCAAAAUCAUAUAGGCAAAACCAAGAGGUCAGUCAACCUUCUGUAGUUGUUAUUCUGUGUCUUCAACCUGAGCCUCAACCUAACUCUAACCCAACUCCACCCAGCUCCUUGUCCUAACCCAAAUGUAUUAUAUGUGCAAAGCAUAAUGACAAUAUUACCCAAUUUAUCCCAGAGUCCGACCUUAUUUUUUACCAUAUAUUGCUCUUAUAUAUGCAUAUGUACAUACAUUUCCUUGUUAUAUAGAGCAGAGUUUCUGUUUAUCAAGUCGCAAAAUAUUUUGAAUGUGUUGACAGAAAAACCUAAAAUUGGUUUGUUUGAAUGGUUUAUUAAAAGGUGAGUAUAAUUUGUACAAUGAAUAGUGAAUACAAGAGGAUUUUUCUUGUCGACGCUUCAGGUCCGUAAUCCAGUUUGAAUCUUGAAUUUUCAAGGAAAUAUGUGGACACAGCUAAAGUUUUCCAAGAACAUGCUGUAUCAAAAGAAGUUGCAUAUCAAAGCCUUCAAGAGGUUUGAAGUAAACAAAGCUUGGUUUCCAUUUAGUUGUAACAAUUGUGAACAUCAAAAUGACACAUGUAAUAGAAUGGCCGGCCCGAUUGAUGCUAACAGUUGCAACUGAAUAGAAACUAGCUGGGCUAGCUUAUGAACGUAUAUGUCAAUGAUGUGUUUUUUUAUCUAUAUACAGGUAUUACAAAUACAACUUUUUAUUGUACAUGUAUUUAUAUAGACACCAAUGUUUCACAACUGGAGCUCUGAUUGUCUACAUUUUCUUGUGGAACAGACAUUGCCAGGUUAAAAUGACUAAUAUACUACUAUUGAAAGCUAUAUUACUAUUGAAAGCUAUAUUACUACUGAUAUAUACUGAUAUUUCACUUCUUCCGAUAUUCCUGUAUUGUCACCUCUGCCACAAUGACCAGCAAUUUUUCUUUCCAGAGAUCAUCCUGCUGUUUCCUGCUGGUAGUUACAUCUGGCGUCAAGGUGACCAUGCACGUGAAAUAUUUAUCCUCGUACAUGGGACUGCUAAAAUCCUUACGUCAGAUAAGAAAGAACUUGUGACUGUGUCUGCAAGCAAUACAAGUUUCUGUAUGGGAGAGGAACAAUUCUUUAAUCAGUUGAGGAGAAACUUUGACAUACGGUAAUUAUUAAACCAUUGAUUGCUGCUCUUCAGGAAAGCCAGCUCAUGCAGAGAUUAGUGUUGAUGCAUGCAUUGGUCAAUUUAAUGAACGUACGUACAGUUGUCAUGCAUAUGGUACAUUGAUCACAGAAUAGAGACCAAAAAGCGUAACUGCUGCCAUACCAUGAUUUGAAAGCUCUAAGGACUAUACUAGCAACAGCAUUGCAAUGGUUAUGCCAAAAUCAUAGGCAAAACCAAGAAGUCAAUUAACCUUCUAUAAGGCUCUUAUUCUGUGAUAUGGUGUUUAUAUUUUAGGGCAGAAAGUCCUUGCUUGGUUUUAAUAUUAAAUAAAGACCAUUUGGACCAUCUUUUUUACAGUGACAUUCAGGUAAUUAUUAAGCCAAUAAAAAAAUAGUUGAUUGUAUUAAUAGUUAUCUAUAAGUGAUUGUCAAUAUCACUAGUGCUGAAUUUAUUGAUAGUGUGCAGAAGAACGUGAAUUGUAUGAUUUGCUCUCCCAUCAAUGGAAAAGUGUCAUGGUUCGCAAAGACAAGACAGUAUAUUCGAAAUACGCUGGACAGCUAGAUCUGGAAGUUAUAAGUAUUGUGAGUGUUAGUUGGUGUUAAUGAUUUGUUAGUCAUCCCUGUCUUGAUUUCUUGUUCUUCCUAUUUAAUCCAGCCUUUAAGUGGCAAUGCAUCCUGAUGUGCCCUAUUAUUUUGCUCUGUCUAUAAAUGCCAGAUGAUUUUUAUUGUUGUCAAAUGGAGAUUGAGUGCUGAGUUAAUUAUAUUUAUCAUUCCUUCCUUUUUCAUUCCCAUUAUCUUUUUCUCUAUGGUUUCUUUAAUUGCCUAUAGCCAUUCAUUCUCCCAUUUAUUCAACCCAUCCUUAUUAUAGCAUUCUCCCAUUCUUUUUAUCCAUUCACCCCUUUUCUUUUCAUUUUCCUAAAUUCCAUAUUUUAAUUGUUCAUUAAUUACUUCAGUUUGGUCAUGUGAUCUGGGUAGCUGGCUAUAAUUGGGUGUUGGGCAUGAGUAGAGAUCUUCAAGUCUCCUUAAUACUAAAAUUUUGUUGUAUGCAGGUAUUACAAAAACAGUAAACUUAAUUAAAGAUUAUUCUUGCAUUUUAGAGACUGUGGCAAGCCUUUCUGCAGGUACAGUUACAAUUGAACAUUUUAUACUUUCUUUUAAGUACUUUUACUUAAGUGAUGCAUAUUAUUUAUCUCAAUUGAAUUAUUAGAGAGGCCUUCAAAUUCCUUUUCGAACUGGAUUUUUUCAUACAUUAUUCCUGUCUGUUAGUGCCAUGGAAAUAGAUGUGGGCAAGGAAAUGUUGGCUGCAAAUGAGUUAUGUAUGUGCUAUUUUUCUUUUAUAAAAGUCCAUUAGCACUGUCAAAUUUCAGUAUACGAGACAGAGUUAAAGUGCCUAUGCGGCAAUUUUUUUAUGAUUGAAUUGCAAAGUUUGUUUAAAAUCAUAAUAUAACUUGUUUUCUAAAACUUUGUAAUCUUUCCUGUAUGUCAAGAUUUUCAACUUUGUUUGAUAUACAAAUGUGACUUAAAUGACGUCACACUGCAUAUAAUGCGUUUUACAGAAGACUGUGUUGUAGCUUGUUAAAAUUCUCAUCUCAAAUUUACAGACGAAAUGAUCGCUUUGAUAGCUCUUAAAGUAUAUCCCUUUCAAUGUCAGUGGAAUUAUUACAUGUUUGGCAAGGAAACGUUUUCUUUCUAAAAACUCAUUAUGCAGUGUGACGUCAUUUAAGUCACAUUUGUAUAUCAAACAAAGUCGAAAAUCUUGACAUACAGGAAAGAUUACAAAGUUUUAGAAAACAAGUUAUAUUAUGAUUUUAAAUGAACUUUCCAAUUCAAUCAUAAAAAAAAUUGUCGCAUAGGCACUUUAAGAUAACAACACUGAUUGUUUAGACGAUGUUGUGGUUAUGUUGUUGAAAGGAUGUGGUGAAAUAUACAGUGAGAAUCAAUCAUUGGGAACUAUUGAAGCUGUUGGAUUAUACUGUAAGCUCAACAUAAGUAUAUUGCUGAUUCAAUAUAACCUGAUAAAGUUGUACUCUUAUAACUUAUGUUAGUAUUUACAUCAUUAACAAUUAUUUUGUUCAUUUUCCCAGUGCCAAAUGAGGAGGUUGUCGGUGGUACUUGGAUAAAAGCAACACAGACAUCAUUGGUUAUCAAAAUCCCGGCAUCAGUGGUAAAGAGUGCACAGGAAGAAUAUCCUGACGUCGUUGUUUUGUAA